AUGCAACAUAUUCACCUCCCAUUCGGAGGUUCUCUAUGGGAGUUAUCUGGUUACCACUGUUGCCCCAUCCUCAGGAGCAGACACAGCCUCUUCACACUCCCAUUUUGCAGCAUUAGACUAUGGAUUAUUCUUGGCAUUUUAACGUUUCCAUGGUGUGUCCAAUGUCAGGUUUUCAAAGUGGGUGUCUUAGGGCCUUGGAACUGUGACCCUUAUUUCGCCAAAGCACUACCUGCUGUUGCGUCCAGACUGGCCGUCAGUCGCAUAAAGGAUUUCAGUUUAGAUCUGGGCUGUACGAUGGACUUCGUCAUCCUUCAAGAGGAAUGCGAAACAUCUAAAGCAUUGACUUCCUUUAUACAAUAUGAGAGUGUUGUGGAUGCGUUUGUAGGCCCUACAAAUCCAGGAUAUUGCAAUGCAGCGUCUCUUUUGGCCAAGAACUGGGACAAAGCUAUAUUUUCAUGGGCGUGCAUUAACUAUGAGUUAGACCGGGUCCAGGGCUACCCAACAUUUGGGCGAACUUUACCAUCUCCAACAUUGGUGCUGUAUAGCGUGCUGAAGUACUUCAGAUGGGCUAAUAUAGGCAUUGUUUCUUCUAAUGAGGAUAUAUGGAUUGACACUGCCGCCAAAGUGGCCAAUGCUCUCAGAAACCAGGGGCUGUCUGUUGCUAUUGUUGCGUCCACAGGGAAUAACGACACCAUGACGGAGAACACACUGUUGAGCAUCCAAAAUGCAGGGCAGAUAAAAGUCAUCAUUAUGUGCAUGCACUCAGCUCUCAUUGGAGGAGAGCAACAAGCAUCUUUCCUGAUGAAGGCUUAUGAUAUGGGCCUGACAAAGGGUCGCUAUGUGUUCUUACCAUACGACACUCUCCUGUACAGCCUGCCGUACAGCAACACCACCUAUUUCCCACUACAAAACAACACAAAACUACGCCAAGCAUAUGAUGCUGUACUCACCGUCACCAUGGAGUCUGAUUUGAUGUCAUUCAACGAAGCGUUUAAUAUGGCCAAAUGGCUAGGAGAGCUAACAGUGUCACAAGAGCCACAACAGGUCUCUCCACUCUUUGGUACUAUCUACAACAGUUUGUACCUCAUUGCCAAGUCCAUGCACAAUACCAGAAAAGCAGGUAAGCGGCUCUCUGGGACCAACUUGGCCUUCUUCACAAAGAACAUCACGUUUACUGGAUUCAACCAGAAUAUUCGCAUGGACCCCCAAGGUAAUGGAAAAACCAGCUAUGUGAUCUUGGACACUGAUGGCUGGGGAGCUCAGCUGUAUCGUUGCUUUCAAGUGGACCUGACCUCAGACAUGGUCCUGUUUGCCGGCUCACCCAUUAAUUUUCCCGGAGGCUCCCCGCCACCUUCAGAUUCGAGCUGCUGGUUUGACCCCAAUGCUAUCUGCACGGGAGGUGUGGAAAUAACAUAUGUCAUCAUAGCAUUCGUGAUUGUAUUAAUUUUAGUUCUUGGUUCUAUGGGAAUAACUCUACUCAUAAGGAGGCGAAUCCAGCAAAUUCAGAUGAUUAAAGGGCCCAACAGAAUCUUACUUACUCUUGAAGACCUAACCUUCAUCAACCCUCAGCUGAGCAGGAGGAAAAUCACCCUUGAUGAUCUUACCGAUUCAAAAAGUUACAUUGAGGAAAAAAGCACAGGUGGCCGUUCCCGCUCCGUCAACAGUAUGGCAACGGCUACACAUGAAACCUCAAAUGUGGCCGUCUAUGAGGGUGACUGGGUUUGGCUAAAGAAAUUUAAGGAGGGACACUUCAAAGAGGUUAAACAAAGCACCACAAAAAUCUUUACCAAGAUGAAGGACCUACGAAAUGAAAAUGUCAAUCCAUUUCUGGGAUUCUUCAACGAUUGUGAGAUGUUUGCCAUCGUCACUGAACACUGUUCUCGAGGGAGUCUACACGACCUCAUUCGUAAUGAAGAUGUCAAACUGGACUGGAUGUUUAAAUCUUCCUUAGUUCUGGAUCUAAUUAAGGGCAUGAAAUAUCUUCAUCACAGGGAUUUUUCUCACGGGCAGCUAAAAUCUCGUAAUUGUGUAGUAGAUGGACGUUUUGUUCUAAAGAUCACAGAUUAUGGUUACAAUGAGAUCCUCGAGAACCAGAAAGCUCCAAAAGAGAUCCCGCCUCCGGAGGAUCUCUUCUGGACAGCACCAGAACUGCUUAGAGAUCCACAAAAUUCGAGGAAAGGUACAUAUAAAGGAGAUGUAUAUAGCUUUUCAAUUAUUCUUCAAGAAGUUGUUGUCAGAAGAGGUCCUUACUGCAUGCUCGGCUUGUCUCCUGAAGAGAUAAUAAGGAAGGUGAAGAAACCUCCGCCCAUGUGCAGACCCACAGUGGCUCCAGAUCAAGCUCCAUUGGAAUGUAUUCAGCUUAUGAAACAGUGCUGGAGUGAACAACCUGACAGAAGACCUUCUUUUGAUGAGAUCUUUGAUCAGUUCAAACUCAUCAACAAAGGCAAAAAGACCAAUAUCAUUGACUCCAUGCUGCGGAUGCUGGAGCAGUACUCCUCUAACCUGGAGGACCUGAUCAGAGAAAGAACAGAGGAGCUGGAGGUGGAGAAGCAGAGGACAGAGAAACUUCUAUCUGAGAUGCUUCCACCUUCUGUGGCAGAAGCUCUGAAAACCGGCGUCUCCGUGGAGCCAGAGUACUUCGAUCAGGUCACCAUCUACUUCAGUGACAUUGUGGGCUUUACCACCAUCUCAUCCCUCAGCGAUCCAAUCGAGGUUGUAGACCUUCUCAAUGACCUUUACACUCUAUUUGAUGCUGUGCUGGGCAGCCACGAUGUCUACAAGGUUGAAACCAUUGGAGAUGCUUACAUGGUGGCUUCAGGCCUUCCAAAGAGGAAUGGUAACAAGCAUGCGGCUGAGAUCGCAAAUAUGUCCUUGAACAUUCUUAGCUCUGUGGGUUCCUUCAAGAUGAGGCACAUGCCGGAAGUUCCGGUCAGGAUACGGAUUGGCAUACACUCGGGGUCGUGUGUUGCCGGGGUCGUGGGUCUAACUAUGCCUAGAUACUGCCUUUUUGGAGACACAGUCAACACCGCCUCUCGUAUGGAAUCUACAGGGUUGCCUUACAGAAUUCACGUGAAUAUUAGUACAGUAAACAUUCUCCGGUCACUGAACGACGGGUACAAAAUAGACGUUAGAGGGAAGACUGAGCUGAAGGGAAAAGGUGUUGAAGAAACUUACUGGCUUGUUGGAAAAUCUAAUUUCACAAAGCCUUUGCCAAAUCCACCAGCGAUCAAACCAGGAGUCAACUGGCAAGACAUGGUGACCGAGGAAAUCAAGUCAAUAUUCCGCAAGGCCAAGAGACAAGUGGACAAGCCCAAAAUCUGAGAAGCAAAACGGCAUUAAAAUAACCACGAUGGAGAUGACAAGUUGCAGUGGAG